AUGAAUUUGGAUGAUCUUCUAAAAGAUUUGAUCACAGCUGAAACUAGUCAACUUAUGCAAAACCCCUCAUCUGUUAUUAUUAAUAAUAAUAAUAAUUCAUUACUUAUGGGUAGCUCUAGUGGUAAUAAUGGAACUGACCAAACAUCAAUUUCGGGAAAAACAUAUUUCGAUAAUAUGGGAAAUCAAGAUAGUGAUCAUGUAAUUGGUGAUGCAACUCAAGUGCCCUUCAUUGGAAUUGAACCAAAUUUAGUCAUGGCUUCACACCAAAUAAUGGACUCAGAUGAGAUGAUGGAAAAGACUAUUGAGAGGAGGCAGAAAAGAAUGGCGAAAAAUCGUGAAUCAGCUGCGAGAUCAAGGGAAAAAAAGCAGAAAGCUGAAGAACGGUUACUUUCAGCUACAAAUUUCACUCGAAAAUAUCAACUACGGCGUAUCAGCUCAGCCUAUUUCUAG